AUGGCUAUUGUUUCUUCAGGGCGAAAGCAAAAGGUAGACAAGAGCGAGGCUCGUCGAAAGCUACGUGAAAGUCGAAAUUAUGAUCCUCUUGCCCACAGAAAGGAAGAUUCCCAGAGAAGUCGUGGCAGAGCCUCCAUGGAAACCAAGGAGUUGUACAAAGAAACAGUAAAGCUUUAUGAGGAGUUCCUCACGAGUGAAGGAGUGAUACCAGCUGAAUUCCGCAUCACAGAAAACUUUCCUGUUCCCAAGAUAGAAGAACUCAAGAGCUUUAUUCGCUGGUACAUUGCUUCUACAGAAGGCAGCAUUGACGAUAGCCCAACAAUGAGAACUGUUCUUACCUUUGCACAACAAUUUGUUCCGGGGUUCUAUCUGGUGACUGGAAAUCAAAUUCCACCAUAG